AUGGAAUAUGCCGAUCAAGCUUGCAAACAACUACGUAAUAUUACAUUGAAACCCAUUCAGCCUUGUUCUUCUGUAGUCCAGCAUCAACACCGAAUUGGUGUGAGGAGUCAUCAGGAGAAACAUGCAUCAUCAUGUUCACCGAUAUCUUUUCCAUCACUGCCUCCUACAUUCACUUUUCUUACUGAUUCUUCUUCUUCAACAAUCGCAUUUCAACAAGACUGUUUGAAACGGACAGAUGAAACGUUAGAAGAACGAGCAACGCGUAUACUUGCUCCAAUAAUAAAAAAUCAACAAACUGUUGCACCAAGAUCCACUCACCAAUUAUCAAACUUAGAUAGAAAACAACUUAUAGACAGUAUUCAAUCUUGUCUAAACACCAUGCAUAUGGCGCUCAUGGCGGCCGAUGAACUUUGUCAAUUUUACAGACGCGGACUCGACUGUCGCGCGAAAUUGAACUAUCUUAUUAAAGCACAUUCAGCAGCGUUUUACUUGAAAGUAUCAACAUCUGUUCAAAUUAAAGAUGCUUUAAAAGCUCGCCUAAAAUUAUCACAAUCAGAAGUGGCUGAUAUUAUCAAUGCUAUCAAAAUGGAUAUUCGUCAUGAACAAUGCUUCGUACCAAAUUCAUCAAAUCGCAUGGGAAAACGAUCUAUUACUGAUGAUAUCAAUAUAGAAAAUAAAAAAAUUAAAGUGGAAACUCCUGAGCUUGCACCAAAUAUGUCAGUGUCUGCAGCUACUAAUAUUGCUCCAAAAUUUGUAAACGCAAGUACAAUGGCUCAAGCAAUUCCAGAAAUCACGGAUGAAGAGCUUUUGGAAUUCACCCUUGAAUUUGAACGUAAACAUGGCAUCUAA